AUGUCAAAACCUAAUAUUUUUAACACAUUUCAAAAUAAAACUUCCUAUACGACGAAUUCUAAUAAAACUCCAAGUAGCUUAUAUAAGCAUGACUUGGAUAGUAACUAUCAAACCUGUCAAAUGCGCAAUGUUGUUGAUAAAAUUAACCUGGCUUUAGAUACAUUUACCAGGGGGAAAAAUGGGAAGAAGUAUUCAUUGGCAGAAUUGAAUAAAUUUAUGGAGCAGAAUGUGGCUGAUAAAGAAGGUGAUUAUUGUAUGAUCGAUAUUUCAGAAGAUCAAAAUAUCGACUUGAUAUCGGAAUAUAUUAACGUGCAACGUAAUGAGGACACAUUUAAUCAUGACACGAUCGAUGACAACAAUAGAGGACAAGACAAUGUAAGGAAUGACGUCAACUCCUUUAGGCAUAAAACGAUUUUCAUAAUUGAUACAAACAUAAUGCUAACUAAGUUGGCGACACUAGAAGGGUUAAGGCUAUUGCAUGAACAGUAUGGGCAUUUAAUUGUAAUACCUAUUGAAGUCGUACGAGAACUAGAUGGUUUGAAAAAUUCUAAAACAAAAACAUCAAAUGGAAGAGAAGCAAUCGGUGUUUUAGCUAGGUGGGCCAGCGAGUGGAUAUACAGAUAUUUAGCCAACAAAGAUAAAUGUGUUAUUUUACAGAAAAUGGAUGAGAGAGUAGAUGAUUUAACCAUUAAGGAUGAUGCUAUCCUAGACUGUUGUAUUUUUUUCAAAAACCAGUACCAUUGCCUAUCUAUAUUAAUCUCAAAUGAUAAGUUACUCUGUGUUAAAGCGUUAGGUGAAGAAAUAUUAACUAUUUCUUCUACUAAAGAACAACAAAUCACCAGUAAACUUAUCGCAGAAAUGGCCUAUAUUGAAAACCAAUCGAGAUUUGGGCAAAAAAACGAAAAACAUACUGUUGCUAAUAGUACAGAUGGUACAGUUCAAAAUCAAAUCCAGACCACAAGCGGAUUAGGAAACGAACACAAACUUUCUGAUAACAACCAUAGUGGCAUUAACAAUAGUACUGGUGGUUGUGAUGGCGCCAGUAAUACUUUGAUAAUAGAAGCAUCCAACUUAGAAGAACUAUCAUCAAUAAUUUAUGACGAAAUAGAGAAAGUAGCAUUAGCGGCAACAGAAUUUUUUUUAACAAGUAGCAUUGAAGUACAACAAUUAGAAGCUAAGAUGAAUAAGCCGGUACGUUUAUUUGGAUUAACUGAUGUAGUUCAUUGUGUCAAUGAUUUUUGGAUAAACGUAUUUGCGUUACUUUUCAAGCACGAUCCAGAAUUGGAUAGCCGGCAAGUUUGGAAUAUAGAUACAAUACCUGUCAUAAUACGUACCAAUAGUGUGAAUGAGUUGCGUGAAUUUGUAUAUAUAUGGUCCAGAAUACUAGUAUGUUUAUAUCUUCAAAGGGAUACUAAUCAACAACAAUCUUUAGAGAUUUUAAUUAAAAGAUGGCAAUUAUCUUGUGGGAUGUGA